AUGUACGGACUCAUCACUCUCUCGCUGCUUUCCCUCACUUCGGCGCUACCACAACGCAACCGCGGUGGUAACGGCAAUGGACAACAAGCGACGGCCUUCCAAAAAGCGGCUCAGGUGCCCCAGGGGAUCUCUACAGCCACAGAUGGCUCUAUGAUCCUAGAUGACACGGUCAUGGUCAACAACCUGCCUAUUCGAUUCAAGAUUUCCGCACCGGCAGAUCAAUUCCUUCCAGCUUCGGGCGUCCCCGGUGCGGCAGCUACAUCGGCGAACGGCACCCUGGGCGCGAACGUGUUGCUCCACGGCGACGGUGGACAGAGCUUCUUCGACAUGCCGAACCAAGCUGUUCAGGCCAACACCAUGGGUGUUGCGCUACUGGCACCCGAUAAAAACCUGUUCUGGGGAGGAGGCUCGGGUCUUCAACGUACAGAUGGUGUAGCACACGCCCAGGCCGUCAACGACUUCAUCCAAACCGAACUGCCGCAACGGGUUGCAGUUAACAUGUCCAACAUCGUCUUCACAGGUGUCUCGGGCGGCUCGCUAAUGAUGUCCGGCUUCUUCAUCCCAGCACAGAUGCAAAACUACGCCAAUUCGGCUGUCGAGCUUAACUGCGGUGGCAUGCCGCCGCAAGUCGCUUUCCAGAACGCUGCCACAGUUAUGUCUCAGACAAGGAUCCACUUCCAAUCUACACAGAGUGAGCUCCAAUUACUCCAGGGUAGCAUUCCACAGGCUGUUACAGCCUACGAGCAGCUCGGUGCAGAUGCAGGUUUGAGCGCGGAUCAGGUCAACACAUUGCAGACAGUGGACAACACACCUGCGGGAGGGCAUUGCGAGUUUGACGGCCAGGACUUCGUUUCUGGAGUACAGACCAUGUCGUCGAGCUACGCAAACGUCAUGCAGGGCGGUAAUGGCCAGGUGCAAGGAAUCGGUGCGCCGAGCACUGGUGUUGUCACGACGGGUGUUGUUGGAAACGAGAACUUGAAGUUCGUGGGCGGGCAGAGGAAGCGUGAGGUCGAGGCGAGAAGUAUGAUACAGAUGCGAUGGGCGCAGGACGUGGUCGAGGAGGCAGACUUCCAGAUGCUGGCGUGCGAUAGGAGUUCGUGCUCAGCCGAUGAGCCUAGGGUUUAG